CUGUAGUAAGAGCAGAAGUAGCCGUCCAAGUCAAAGCCUCGCUGUUGCCGGAGCCGCGACGUUUCCUUUUUUUACCCCCCUCUCUCUCGCCCUACGCAGUCAGGCAGCGAGCGCAGACCUCGACUCCCUGCGCUGUCCGUCUAGGGCACGCCAUGGAGGAGGAGCGGGCCGGGGAGCAGAUGAGGCCACUACUCACAACGGGUCAUGAUGAGGAAGCUGUUGUGGAUACAGGCAAAAUCAGUUCUACUAUCAACACAAACUUUGAGAAAGAAGAAUUAGAAAGUCAUAGAGCUGUAUAUAUUGGUGUUCAUGUGCCCUUUGGAAAACAAGGUCGACGCCGUCAUAGACAUCAUGGUCAUAAACGUCAUAGACGAAGAAAAGAAAAGGAGACUGAUAGAGAAGAUGGGCGGGAAUCUCCUUCUUAUGACACACCAUCCCAGAGAGUGCAAUUUAUCCUUGGUACAGAGGAUGAUGAUGAAGAACACAUUCCACAUGAUCUUUUUACUGAAAUGGAUGAACUUUAUUUUAAAGAAGGGGAAGAAUAUGAAUGGAAAGAAACUGCCAGAUGGCUAAAAUUUGAAGAAGAUGUUGAAGAUGGUGGUGAGCGGUGGAGCAAACCUUAUGUGGCUACUCUGUCUCUUCAUAGUCUGUUUGAAUUGAGAAGUUGCAUUUUAAAUGGAACGGUCAUGUUAGAUAUGAGAGCCAAUUCACUGGAUGAAAUAGCAGAUAUGGUAUUGGAUAACAUGAUAGCUUCUGGCCACCUUGAUGAAUCAAUGAGAGAAAAUGUCAGAGAAGCCCUUCUGAAAAGACAUCAUCAUCAGAAUGAAAAAAAGUUUAGUAAUCGGAUUCCCCUCGUCCGAUCCUUUGCAGAUAUAGGCAAGAAACAUUCUGACCCUCUCUUGCUUGAAAAAAAUGGGGAAGGCCUUUCAGCCUCCCGCCAUUCUUUACGAGCAGGUCUCUCUGCCUCAAAUAUUUCCCUGAGAGGAGAGAAUCGUUUGUCCCUUCUUCUCAAUUACCUACUUCCUGGAUCUCCAACAACCUCAAGGAGUACAACCCCUUUGCCUACCCCACAAAGCACUCCACCUUCCACUCCUAGGUGUGAUUCUAAGAGAGCCACAAAUUUCCAGCCAACCGAGCAUCAGGUGUCUCCUUCUAAUGAUGAUAUUCCUAAAGUAGUAAUUCAUCCACCCGAGGAAGAUUUAGAAGCUCAGGAAGGCAAGAAGAGGACAGAGGAAAAUAGUGACAUAACACCAGGGCUCUUAGCAUCACCACAAUCUGCACCUGGUAAUUUGGAUAUUGGAAAAAAUGGAGAAUUUAAAAUUAGUGGAACAGGAGGGAGUAGAGAAAACAGUACGGUUGACUUCAGCAAGGUGGAUAUGAACUUUAUGAGGAAGAUUCCAAUAGGUGCAGAGGCAUCAAAUGUGCUUGUGGGAGAAGUGCAUUUUUUGGAGAGACCAAUUAUUGCUUUUGUGAGGCUGUCUCCAGCUGUUCUUCUCACUGGUCUCACAGAGGUUCCUGUUCCCACACGUUUCCUUUUUCUGUUGUUGGGACCAGAAGGUAAAGCACCUCAGUAUCAUGAAAUUGGUCGAUCAAUAGCAACACUCAUGACUGAUGAUGUUUUCCAUGAUGUUGCUUAUAAAGCCAAAGACAGAAAUGAUCUAUUAUCUGGAAUUGAUGAAUUUUUAGAUCAAGUGACUGUUCUUCCUCCAGGCGAAUGGGAUCCUUCAAUAAGAAUUGAACCACCCAAGAAUGUUCCUUCUCAGGAGAAGAGGAAGAUUCCUAAAUUUCCAAAUGGAGCUGCUUCUCCUGGAGAACCCCUUAAGGAAGAAGCUCAUCAUGCUGGACCUGAACUACAAAGAACUGGAAGGCUUUUUGGUGGUUUGAUACUUGACAUCAAAAGGAAAACAUCUUUUUUCUUGAGUGACUUCAAGGAUGCAUUAAGUCUGCAGUGUCUGGCCUCGAUUCUUUUCCUAUACUGUGCCUGUAUGUCUCCUGUAAUCACUUUUGGAGGGCUCCUUGGAGAAGCUACAGAAGGCAGAAUAAGUGCAAUAGAGUCUUUAUUUGGAGCAUCAUUAACUGGAGUUGCCUAUUCACUUUUUUCUGGGCAACCUUUGACAAUAUUGGGCAGCACUGGACCAGUACUAAUAUUUGAAAAAAUAUUGUUUAAAUUUUGCAAAGAUUAUGGACUUUCUUAUCUUUCUUUACGAACCAGUAUUGGUCUGUGGACAUCAUUUUUAUGCAUCCUGUUAGUAGCAACUGAUGCAAGCAGCCUUGUGUGUUACAUUACUCGAUUUACUGAAGAGGCUUUUGCUGCUCUGAUUUGCAUAAUAUUUAUAUACGAAGCACUGGAAAAGCUCUUUCAUUUGGGAGAAGUAUAUCCUUUCAAUAUGCACAAUGACCUUGAUAAGCUGACAUUGUAUUCAUGUGUAUGUGCUGAACCUCCAAAUCCCAGUAAUGAAACUUUAGAGCUAUGGAUGAAAGCCAAUACAUCUCUGGAUACCAUACCAUGGACCAACCUCACAGUUAAGGAAUGCAAUAAUCUUCAUGGCAUAUUUGUUGGAUCAGCUUGUGAACAUCAUGGUCCAUAUUUCCCAGAUGUUCUUUUUUGGUCUGUUAUAUUAUUCUUUACAACAUUUUUCCUCUCCUCCUUUCUCAAGCAGUUUAAGACCAAACGUUAUUUUCCCACUAAGGUACGAUCUACAAUAAGUGAUUUUGCUAUAUUUUUGACAAUAGUGAUUAUGGUUUGCAUCGAUUAUCUUGUUGGAGUUCCUUCUCCUAAACUAAAUGUGCCUGAAAAAUUUGAACCUACACGGAGUGAUCGUGGAUGGCUUAUCAAUCCUCUAGGGAGUAAUCCUUGGUGGACCCUAGUAGUUGCUUCAGUUCCUGCUUUGCUUUGUACCAUCCUUAUUUUUAUGGAUCAACAAAUUACAGCAGUUAUCAUAAACAGAAAAGAGCAUAAACUCAAGAAAGGUUGUGGUUAUCAUCUUGAUCUGCUCAUGGUUGGCAUUAUGUUAGGUAUAUGCUCUAUCAUGGGCUUGCCUUGGUUUGUGGCUGCAACUGUCCUUUCAAUAAGUCAUGUGAACAGUUUAAAAGUGGAAUCUGAGUGCUCAGCUCCAGGAGAACAACCAAAGUUCCUUGGAAUCCGUGAACAAAGAGUGACGGGAUUAAUGAUUUUUGUUCUGAUGGGGCUAUCAGUGUUUAUGACCUCUGUUUUAAAGUUUAUUCCAAUGCCAGUUUUAUAUGGUGUUUUUCUUUAUAUGGGAGCAUCCUCUCUAAAAGGCAUUCAGUUUUUUGAUCGUAUUAAACUGUUUGGUAUGCCUGCCAAACAUCAACCUGAUUUGAUUUAUCUCCGUUACGUGCCAUUAUGGAAAGUACAUGUAUUUACAGUGGUUCAGCUUACAUGUCUUAUUCUUUUGUGGGCAAUUAAAGCAUCAGCUGCUGCUGUUGUUUUUCCUAUGAUGGUUUUAGCUUUAGUUUUUAUUCGCAAACUUAUGGAUUUGUGUUUCACCAAACGGGAGCUCAGUUGGCUUGAUGACCUUAUGCCAGAAAGUAAGAAGAAAAAGGAAGAUGACAAAAAGAAAAAAGCAAAGGAAGAAGCGGAACGAAUGUUUCAGGCAGUGGACAGUGAAACUGUACACCUUCCAUAUGAAAGAAGUGAAGUAUUACAAAUUCCUGUGAAAGCUCUAAAAUACAGCAUUGACCCCUCUGUGGUAAACAUAUCAGAUGAAAUGGCCAAAACUGCACAGUGGAAGGCUCUUUCCAUGAACACAGAGAAUGCCAAAGUAACAAGAUCUAACUUGAGCCCUGAAAAUGAGUCAUGUGUGAAAAUAGACAUUGAAAAAACAUCUGAACUAAAGUAUGUAGAUGCUGAAACCUCAUUAUAGAGGUAAAACACUGAUAUUAUUUUAUAGGAUAUAUUGAAAGAGGGUGACUUUACAGCUUCUUUUAAGUACUAGGUACUUCUGUGAACAACAGUGAGAUUUUCCAGCAAGAAAUGUCUAUCACUGUGGAAAUAUUUAUUUUAAUGGAAUGUUUGUUUCAAUUUUUAAAUAGGAAAAGUAAUUUCUUUUUUAGUUAUCAGUAAGUCAAAGAUCAUUUUUAACUAUAAAUUAUUGGUUUGCAUUGUAUGUGAUAUUUUUAUAUAAUUUUAAAUACAAAUGUCCUGUUAUCAGGCAUUUACUAGUUGGGUUUUUGCAAAUAUUAUGCCAGUUUAUAAGAACAAAUCAUACAUAUGCAAUUUAGUGAAUUGCAGUAUUUCAGCCUUUAUUUCAUAUUAUUUUAUGGAUUGCAUUUGUAUAUGAAUUAUUUUCUGUUGUACUGUUAAACACCAUUGUAUUGCAUUUUUUUAAAAAAAUAAGUCUUAUAUGUCAACUUGUCAGAUUUAUUUUUUAAUUCACAAACCACAAGAGCAGAUUAUAUUGAAAGAAUAAAGCAGUUUUUUUAAAUAUAGAAGUCUAGAUUGGCAUUUAUUUAGACUGCCUUUCAAAAACAUGAUUAUGGUUUUCUUUUUGUAAAUUAAGUUUUAAUUUUCUCUAGGGCAUCCUAGAAAUAUAUUCCAGAGAGCUGGGAGAGUUUGAUGAUUGGUAACUGUAGGAGAGGGAAGAAAUUUAUAUCAAAUAAAUGUAAAUUUUCUAGUAGUAAUGUAUCAGAACAUCUGGAUUUACAUUAAGAAUUGAUUUCUUUUACAUAAACUUUAUUGCUACUUGACAUUGAAAAUAAAUUUAUGUAAGUUCUUGAAUCCAUCAUUUUAACAUUCAGUUCAAGGAAAUAAAACCAGAAUUGCUUUAAAAUUAUGGUAAAUUUUAAAAAAUGUUUUCCAAAGCAUAUUUGUCUUAGAUCAAUAAAACCAUUUAUAUAAAAUGCUGGGUGCAGCUGAGUUUUAUCUGUUUAAUGUUUAAGCCCUGUGUUUUUGUUCUCUCAUUAUAGAUUUCAGCACACCAUAUAUGAAAUGUGUAAGGUUUGAUUGUGCUUAAAUAGUUUACCAAUUUUAUAAUAAGACAUAUAAUAAGAUUCUCUAAAAUGUUAAGUUUUUUAGAUCAGUACUGAAGAGAAACAUUUUAAUGUAAACAUCUAUUUUAAUAUGGCUAUGUGAAAACUGUAACAGAAAAUACACAUAACUUAAUUUCAAACUCAAAAGAUUCUCUGGUUUACAGUGCACCAAAUAUUUUUUAAAAAAAAUCUUACAAUGUAGAAAAGGCAUUGCAAUGUGUAAGCAUCCCAAUAUUGUUGAACUUAAAUUUUUUGGAAGCAAGUAAAGGAUGCAAGAUUUGUAGUUUCAUUUGGCAAUGUCUAGAAUUCUGGUAAAAGCAAAUUCUUGAAUAUAGUUAAAUCAAUUUGUGGAUUUUAUUAAAUUUCAAAUAAAAUUAAUAGUUGUCAAAAAUGGCCCAAUCAUUCUCGAAAAUGCUCAAAUGUAAAGUGGAGCAAAGAAAGAAAAAAAUGAAAUUUGUACCCAAGUAUGUUAAAAUGAAAAUCUGAUGCCUAAAAAUGAUCAAAUUAAUAUUAAUAUAUUUGGUUUUGAUAUGACAUAUUGGAAACAGGAUAAUAUUUUCAUUCCUGAGUGCUUGCACAAUUUGUGCCUUAGGUUUUUUAAAAAAUACGCACUUUUCUUUAUUUAAAAAUCAUAUUUGUUUGUAUCUCAUAAAUAUUUCUGUAUCUUUGAAAUUACAUUUCAAAUUUGUUAUUUAGUGUAGGCAAGUGAAUCAUGUUCAUUAGAAUUGACAGCUUCCAAAUUAAUUAUGCUUGUCUUUUGUUAUUAUAAAUAUUUGUGUUCAGAGCCAUGUGUAGAAAUUUACAAAGACUUAACUAGAUUGUUUGACUUUUAACCCUUUAUUUUCAAAUGCCUGACAUUCAAUAAUGCUGUUCAAUGCCAAAGGGUUAAUAAGUUAAUUUACAUAAAUAUCUGAAAAUUAUUGAAACUCAUUAUUUAUUUGCUAAUUAUGUAAAAUAAUUUCUAAUGACAGAGAUAACAUGACUUGCAGUGUAGUUUACAUUAUUUGCUUAAAUACUGCUUAUUAAUUCAUUAUUACACAUUUUAUUUUUUUAUAGCAGAUGUCUAAAUAUGAUGUUUAAAACUCCAGGGCUAAUUUAUAAUGUUCUGUUUAUUGUAUGUUGUAAAAAUACUAUUUCUUUUUCCAUAAAUAAAAUUAUAGUAGUAAA